CGCUGCUUUGGCCGCCUGACGGACGCGUGGCGUCACCAGUUCCCGGAGGCCUCAGAGAUCCCUCGUUGGGGUGACCUGUCCAGGGCGGGUGUUGCCAUCUAUGAUCUUGACUUUGAUGCUAUUCUCUCUGCCAUGUAUGCUGUGUCUAUUAGUGAUGAGGGUGACUGUUACCGGUGUUUCCCGCCCGAUCCGGGUAUUGAGACUGCUGCUCUAGGUCCUGGUGAGGCUGCUGCCCUAGGUGCUUGCGACGCUGCUGCCCUAGGUGCUCGUGUGUCUGCGUCCUCAGGUACUGGUGAGUCUGCGCUCUCAGGUACUACGUCGGCUUCGGCCUCCCUCACCUUCACCCUUGACUCUGGGGCGUCUCGCUCCUUCUUUAGGGACCGCACCACACUCACACCGCUGAGUCGACCGGUUGCAGUGUCUCUGGCUGACCCCUCUGGGGGUCCUGUCCUGUCUCGCUUCUCCACAGUCCUCCCGUGUCCGGCGGCUCCCUCUGGCACCCUGUCUGGUCUCUACCUCCCCUCGUUCUCUACGAACCUGGUGAGUGGUGCUGACCUACAGGAUGCGGGUGUACACCAGUUCACUCCUGCGCGUCAGCGGGUGACGCACUGUACAGAGGCUCGCACAGGCCGACACCUGGCUACGUUUACCCGUCAGCCGGGGUCGAGCCUGUACACACUGACCACUGCGUCUCCUCCCGUUACUGAGUCUGGUAGAGUCGCUUCGUCGGGUCAGGUGUUUGCUGCUGCGUCCAGGUCUGGUCCUGAGUCUGCCCCCUGUUCUUGUCGUCUCCUGUCUCACGAGACUCUUCUCUGGCACCACCGUCUUGGUCACCCCUCUCUGCUUCGGCUCAGAGGCAUGGCCUCCCGUCUUCUAGUGUCUGGUCUUCCCCGGUCCCUCCCUCCCCUUCCUCAGGGCCCUGGCCCUACCUGUGUCCCCUGUGUCGAGGGGCGCCAGCGUGCUGCCCCUCACUCCUCCCAGUUUCCUCCGACAGAGGCCCCGUUGCAGACGCUCCACAUGGACGUGUGGGGCCCAGCCCGCGUCCGUGGGCAGGGUCACGAGCGCUACUUCCUGCUCGUUGUUGACGACUACUCGCGUUACACCGCAGUCUUCCCCUUGCGCGGCAAGGGUGAUGUCACUGAGGUGCUGAUCGACUGGAUCCGCGCAGCUCGUCUCCAGCUCAGGCAGAGCUUUGGCUCCGACUUUCCUGUUCUGCGUCUGCACUCGGACAGAGGCGGAGAGUUCUCCUCUGGCUUUCUGCGAGCCUACUGUCGUGCACGAGGCAUCCGUCAGACCUUCACGCUCCCGGACUCUCCGCAGCAAAAUGGGAUUGCUGAGCGCCGCAUUGGCAUGGUCAUGGACGUCGCUCGUACGUCUAUGAUGCAUGCGGCUGCCCCCCAUUUUCUGUGGCCGUUUGCGGUGAGGUACGCGGCACGUCAGAUCAACCUUCACCCCAGGGUCUCCAGGCCGGAGACCUCCCCAGCCUUGCUGUGGACCGGGAAGGUGGGCGAUGCGUCGGCGUUCCGGGUCUGGGGAUCUCGGGCGUUUGUCCGCGACUUGUCUGCGGACAAACUGUCCCCUCGUGCUGCUCCUUGCGUCUUCCUGGGGUUCCCCCCAGACGCGCCUGGGUGGCAGUUCUACCACCCCACCUCUCGCCGUGUUCUGUCCUCUCAGGACGUCACGUUCGACGAGUCGGGUCCUGCCCCUUCAGGUGUGUCCCAGGUAGACGCAGUCGAGCCUGUCGAGGUCACUGGUGACUCUGGUGCUGCUGGGGGUGCUGGGCCUGGGGAUGCUGGGCCUGGGAGUGCUGAGCCUGGGGGUGCUGAGUCUGGGGGUGCUGAGCCUGGGGGUGCUGAGCCUGGGGGUGCUGAGCCUGGGGGUGCUGAGCCUGGGGGUUCUGAGUGUGGGGGUGCUACGCCUGGGGGUGCUUUGCCUGGGGGUGCUGGACCUGGGAGUACUGCGCCUGGAGGUCCUCCGCCUCGAGUUUCUACGCGUGCUUUGUCUCGCCGGGAGCCACUCUCUCCACAGGAGCUGCGCGAGUGGUUUGCCCGGCGCUGGAGCCGUGCUGCUGGUGCUGGAGGUUCGUCGGCUACUGAGGGUGCUGCUGUUGCGGGUCCCGGAGGUGCUCGUACUGGGAGUACUGGAGCUGCUGGGCCUGCGGGUUCGACUGGAGCUGGUGCUGCUGAGGGUGUUGGAGCUGAGACUACCACUGGCGGUCCUGCUGGGGAUGCUCCUGGUGUUGCUCGAGGUUCUGGAGCUACUGGAGGUGCUGCUGGAGCGGGUGCUCCUGCUGGGGGUACUGGUGCUGUCCCUGCUGUUUCUGGCGUAGCUACGCGGCCUCGACCGUACUUCGUUCCACUCCUGCAGCAGGUUCUUGGUCUUCCGCCCUCUCCUGGUCCUCCUCCUCUCUUGGAGGGUCCACAGCCUGUCCCGUCGCGGUCACUGCUACAGCCUACCUCCCCUUUACCUGCUCCUUCUCCCUACACUGGUCCUACUGGAGGUCUUACUGAGCGUCGUGAGCCUGCGUCUCGCCCUGCGUCGCCUGUCCGUGCUGCUCGCGCUAGUGGUCGUGGUUCGCGUCAGCGUCCUCCUCCUGUCCCUGGCACGCACAGGAUGUCUCUGCGUCCGUCUACUGCUCCUCUGCGUGCCCCUUUGCCUUCUCCUCCUGAGUCCUCUCUUCCUGCUCUUCCCGACCCUGCGUCGGACUCUCUUCGUGCUGCCAGUCCUACUGUCACGCGUCUCCUUGCUACUGUCGUCACUGACCCUUCCUUCGAGUCUACUGCUGCGUCUGCCCUAGUUACUGAGCUCGUCGACUUUGCUGCUCGCUGUCGCCUAGACUACGCUGCUAGUCUUGUCGCUGAGUCUGGGUCUGCCUGUCCUCCGUCAGUCGGGGGUGAGUGUGCCCUUGGCACGGACGUCCUUGAGGACAGGCAGGAGGAGUUCCAGUGUCUGGCAGCUACUUCACCUCAUCUCGUGUCCGUACUGCUUACCCCUGAGGGAGACCCGGAUGCACUUGACAUCCCGACUCCGCGCUCUUACGCGGAGGCGGUAGAGGGUCCCUACUCCUCUCAGUGGCAGGCAGCUAUGGAUGCAGAGAUGGCUUCCUGGAAGUCCACAGGCACCUACGUUGACGCUGUCCCCCCUCUUGGGGCGAACAUCGUCAGUGGCAUGUGGAUCUUCAGGGUGAAGCGGCCGCCGGGUUCUCCGCCUGUCUUCAAGGCACGUUACGUGGCUCGUGGCUUCAGUCAGCGACAGGGAGUUGACUACUUUCAGACCUUCUCCCCCACCCCGAAGAUGACCACUCUUCGGGUGCUGCUACACGUUGCUGCUCACCAUGACUACGAGCUGCACUCUCUCGACUUCAGCACUGCUUUCUUGCAGGGCAGCCUGCACGAGGAGAUCUGGCUGCGCCGCCCACUUGGCUUCACUGGGUCUUUCCCUCCUGGUACCCAGUGGAGUCUCCGGCGUCCAGUCUACGGUCUCCGCCAGGCGCCACGUGAGUGGCACGACACACUGAGGACUACGCUUGCGGCUCUUGGGUUUGCUCCUUCUACUGCCGACCCGUCGCUGUUUCUACGCACCGACACCUCUCUGCCGCCGUUCUACAUCCUCGUGUACGUCGACGACUUGGUCUUUGCCACAGCUGACACUGCUGGACUCGCCCACGUGAAGUCCGAGCUGCAGAAGAGACACACGUGCACAGACCUGGGUGAACUGCGCAGCUACCUUGGCUUGCAGAUCACCCGGGACAGAGCACGCCGCACCAUUACCCUGACUCAGUCACACAUGGUGCAGCAGGUCCUUCAGCGCUUCGGCUUCACGUACUCCUCGCCUCAGGCCACUCCUCUGCCUACUCGCCACUCACUCUCAGCUCUGCCUUCGGAUGAGUCAGUAGAGUCGAGUGGCCCGUAUCCAGAGCUUGUUGGCUGCCUCAUGUACCUGAUGACCUGCACACGACCUGACCUUGCAUAG